UAGUGUGGACUUGGAGGAAAUUUUGGGCAUCAGGACAUAGAUUUACAGAAAUAUACAUACAUAAAUGCAUCUGUAUACAUCUUACAUAUAGAUGUGUACAUAUAUACAGUUUAAAAAUAUCCCGUGUAACUCCUGGACUAUAAUUAAUACUCAGAUUUUAUUUUUUUUCAUGUUUACUAGAGUGGCAGAAGGAAGAUUAGAAGGUUCAUUGUAUGAACUUUGUACAGUGAUACCUUGCUAUUGGUUGUUAAUUGAUUCUGGGAGGUAGUACAAGCACCAGAAAAGAAGAGUACCAAACAAAUUGUUUUGGCUGGCAAGGGUAGUGAGUCAUUAGGCAAUCAACACCAAUGAAUUUUAGCUUAUGCCUUAGGUAUCAAACAGCAAGUACCAGGAUAAAAUUUUCACAUCAGAAUGCAUCGAGUACCAAGUUUGGUGCAUUUUAAAGCAGUCAAGAACUAAGUCUUGUACUAGAAUAGCACAACCAUGUUUCGGAAUAGCCUCAAGAUGCUGCUUACUGGUGGGAAAUCAAGUCGCAAAAAUAGGUCAAGUGAUGGAGGGAGCGAGGAACCACCCGAUCGAAGACAGUCAAGUGUCGAUUCUCGCCAAGGCCGCUCUGGGCAAGGUGGCAUCUCCACAGAAAGCGAUUGUGCUUUUGAGCCAGACUACGCUGUUCCACCACUUCCAAUGAGUGAAGGUAUGCAGCACAUUCGGAUUAUGGAGGGCAUGUCUCGCUCUCUUCCAUCCUCCCCCUUACUCACACAUCAGUCUAUCAGUGUUCGGCUCCAACCUGUGAAGAAGUUAACUGCCCCUCUGAGGAAGGCAAAGUUUGUUGAGAGCCCACGAAUUCCAGAAUCGGAGCUUGGCUCUCCAACACUCACUUCACCUCAGAAACUGGACGUGGAUGCAUAUUGCCCUGGUGAUGCUGAACAGGAACUUGGCCCCCCUCCAUCUGUAGAUGAGGCAGCGAACACACUCAUGACUCGUCUUGGUUUUCUCCUUGGAGAAAAAGUCACGGAAGUUCAGCCAGGUGACCAAUACAGCAUGGAGGUACAGGACGAAAGUCAGACCUCAGCAAUCACUCAGCGGAUAAGUCCUUGUUCCACUCUGACUAGCAGCACUGCCUCUCCACCAGCCAGUAGCCCUUGCUCUACUCUCCCACCAGUCAGUACAAAUGCAACUGCCAAGGAUUGUAACUAUGGGGCUGUUACUAGUCCAACCUCCACUCUUGAAAGCAGAGAUAGUGGCAUCAUUGCUACAUUGACAAGCUAUUCUGAGAAUGUGGAACGCACAAAAUAUGUUGGAGAAAGCAAUAAAGAGUUAGGAUCUGGAGGAAACCUAAAGCCUUGGCAGUCUCAAAAAUCCAGCAUGGACUCCUGUCUCUAUCGAGUAGAUGAAAAUAUGACUGCUUCUACCUAUAGUCUAAAUAAGAUCCCAGAGAGGAAUUUGGAAACAGUUUUAUCUCAAUCAGUGCAAUCUAUUCCUUUGUAUCUUAUGCCAAGGCCAAAUUCAGUAGCAGCCACCAGCUCUGCCCACUUGGAAGAUCUUGCUUACCUGGAUGAGCAGAGACAUACACCUCUGAGAACUUCUCUUCGAAUCCCAAGACAGAGUAUGGGUGGUGCACGAAUGCAGCAGGAUUUAAGAGUUCGCUUUGCACCUUAUAGGCCUCCAGAUAUCUCCCUGAAGCCUCUGCUCUUUGAAGUCCCCAGCAUCACUACAGAGUCAGUGUUUGUUGGUCGAGAUUGGGUUUUCCAUGAAAUAGAUGCUCAACUUCAAAGUUCAAAUGCCAGCGUGAACCAAGGAGUGGUGAUUGUGGGAAAUAUUGGGUUCGGAAAAACUGCCAUCAUCUCAAGACUGGUGGCCCUUAGCUGCCAUGGUACACGGAUGAGACAGAUUGCCUCAGACAGUCCACAUUCCUCCCCAAAACAUAUAGAUGCCAACAGAGAGCUCCCACUCACACAGCCAACUUCAGCCCACUCAUCCAUCACCAGUGGAAGCUGCCCAGGAACCCCAGAAAUGCGCAGGCGGCAAGAGGAGGCUAUGAGAAGACUGGCCUCACAGGUGGUUGCUUAUCACUAUUGUCAAGCAGAUAAUGCCUAUACUUGCCUGGUACCAGAAUUUGUCCACAAUGUUGCUGCCCUACUCUGCCGCUCACCUCAGCUGACAGCAUAUCGGGAACAGCUUCUUCGAGAGCCUCACCUGCAAAGCAUGCUGAGCCUUCGGUCCUGUGUUCAAGACCCCAUGGCUUCCUUCCGGAGAGGAGUCCUGGAGCCCCUAGAGAAUCUCCAUAAAGAGAGAAAAAUCCCAGAUGAAGAUUUCAUCAUUUUAAUUGAUGGAUUAAAUGAAGCAGAAUUUCACAAACCGGAUUAUGGGGAUACAAUUGUAUCAUUUCUGAGUAAAAUGAUUGGAAAAUUUCCUUCUUGGCUCAAACUAAUUGUAACAGUUAGGACCAGUUUACAGGAAAUUACCAAGUUGCUGCCUUUCCAUAGGAUUUUUUUGGAUCGACUAGAAGAGAAUGAAGCCAUAGACCAGGACCUGCAGGCUUACAUCCUGCACCGGAUACACAGCAGCUCAGAGAUCCAGAAUAACAUUUCACUUAAUGGCAAAAUGGACAAUACUACAUUUGGCAAGCUCAGUUCUCAUCUCAAGACCCUCAGUCAAGGGUCUUAUCUAUAUCUGAAACUCACAUUUGACCUCAUAGAGAAAGGCUAUCUAGUGUUAAAGAGCUCUAGCUACAAAGUAGUUCCUGUUUCACUCUCAGAGGUAUACUUACUCCAGUGCAAUAUGAAGUUCCCAACCCAGUCUUCCUUUGACCGGGUGAUGCCUCUCCUGAAUGUGGCAGUGGCCUCUCUCCACCCACUGACUGAUGAGCAUAUCUUUCAGGCCAUCAAUGCUGGUAGCAUUGAAGGCACACUAGAAUGGGAAGAUUUUCAGCAGAGAAUGGAGAACCUCUCCAUGUUCCUAAUCAAGCGCAGAGACAUGACUCGUAUGUUUGUACACCCUUCUUUUCGAGAAUGGCUUAUCUGGAGAGAAGAAGGAGAGAAAACCAAAUUUCUCUGUGAUCCCAGGAGUGGUCACACAUUACUUGCCUUUUGGUUUUCCCGCCAAGAGGGAAAACUAAACCGACAGCAGACUAUUGAACUGGGACAUCAUAUCCUCAAAGCACACAUCUUUAAGGGUUUGAGUAAAAAAGUUGGUGUAUCAUCCUCCAUCCUCCAAGGUCUCUGGAUCUCCUAUAGCACAGAAGGUCUUUCCAUGGCAUUAGCAUCUUUACGAAAUCUCUACACUCCAAAUAUAAAGGUCAGCCGACUGUUGAUUUUGGGAGGUGCCAAUAUUAAUUACCGGACAGAGGUUUUAAAUAAUGCCCCAAUUCUAUGUGUUCAGUCUCAUCUUGGUUACACAGAAAUGGUGGCCCUGCUUUUAGAGUUUGGGGCCAACGUGGAUGCCUCUUCUGAAAGCGGCCUGACUCCUCUGGGGUAUGCUGCAGCGGCAGGGUUCCUGAGCAUUGUGGUGCUACUAUGCAAGAAACGGGCCAAGGUGGAUCACUUGGAUAAGAAUGGGCAGUGUGCUUUGGUUCAUGCUGCACUCCGAGGUCAUCUAGAGGUUGUCAAAUUUUUGAUUCAGUGUGACUGGACAAUGGCUGGCCAGCAGCAAGGAGUGUUUAAGAAGAGCCAUGCCAUACAGCAAGCCCUCAUUGCUGCAGCCAGCAUGGGUUAUACUGAGAUUGUCUCCUACCUACUUGAUCUUCCAGAAAAAGAUGAAGAAGAAGUGGAACGAGCACAGAUCAACAGCUUUGACAGUCUCUGGGGAGAGACAGCCCUGACAGCUGCAGCCGGAAGGGGUAAACUGGAGGUGUGCCGUCUGCUCUUGGAGCAAGGUGCUGCAGUGGCCCAGCCAAACCGCCGAGGGGCAGUGCCCCUAUUUAGCACUGUUCGCCAGGGCCACUGGCAGAUUGUUGAUCUUCUGCUCACCCAUGGAGCUGAUGUCAAUAUGGCAGAUAAGCAAGGCCGCACUCCUCUGAUGAUGGCUGCUUCUGAAGGCCAUCUGGGAACUGUUGACUUUCUACUUGCACAAGGUGCCUCCAUUGCUCUAAUGGAUAAGGAAGGGUUGACAGCACUCAGCUGGGCUUGUCUGAAAGGCCAUCUCUCAGUAGUACGCUCGCUAGUGGAUAAUGGAGCUGCCACAGACCAUGCUGACAAGAAUGGUCGCACCCCACUGGACCUGGCAGCUUUUUAUGGUGAUGCUGAAGUGGUCCAGUUCCUGGUGGAUCAUGGGGCCAUGAUCGAGCACGUUGACUACAGUGGAAUGCGCCCUUUGGAUAGGGCAGUAGGGUGCCGGAACACUUCUGUUGUUGUCACUCUCCUGAAGAAAGGAGCCAAAAUAGGUUGUCAGACGUUACCGAGUCGCCCACGAGGUCCAGCCACAUGGGCGAUGGCCACCUCCAAACCAGACAUCAUGAUCAUCCUGUUGAGCAAGCUGAUGGAAGAGGGGGACAUGUUUUACAAGAAAGGUAAAGUAAAGGAAGCUGCCCAGCGCUACCAGUAUGCACUGAAGAAAUUCCCUAGAGAAGGGUUUGGUGAGGAUUUGAAAACCUUCCGAGAGCUAAAAGUGUCUCUCCUCCUCAACCUCUCUCGAUGUCGCCGGAAAAUGAAUGAUUUUGGAAUGGCGGAGGAAUUUGCUACUAAGGCCCUGGAGCUGAAACCGAAAUCUUAUGAAGCUUACUAUGCAAGAGCAAGGGCAAAACGCAGCAGCAGACAGUUUGCAGCAGCCUUAGAGGAUCUGAAUGAGGCCAUCAAGCUAUGUCCAAACAACCGUGAGAUCCAGAGACUCCUGAUGAGAGUGGAGGAAGAGUGCAGACAGAUGCAGCAGCAGCAGCAGCAGCCACCACCACCACAGCCGCAGCCUCAGCAGGAGUUACCAGAAGAGACAGAACCUGAACCACAGCAUGAAGAUAUAUACUCUGUACAAGAUAUAUUUGAGGAGGAAUACCUGGAACAGGAUGUUGAAAAUGUUUCCAUUGGCCUCCAGACAGAGGCUCGGCCCAGUCAGGGGCUCCCAAUAAUCCAGAGUCCCCCCUCCUCUCCAGCCCAUCGGGAUUCAGCCUACAUCUCUAGCUCACCUCUUGGCUCUCAUCAGGUUUUUGACUUCCGGUCCAGUAGUUCCAUAGGUUCUCCCACUAGACAGGGAUAUCAGUCCACCUCACCUGCUCUUUCUCCAACUCACCAGAACUCUCAUUACAGGCCUAGUCCACCACAUACUUCCCCAGCUCAUCAGGGUGGAUCUUACCGUUUUAGCCCCCCUCCUGUAGGAGGGCAGGGCAAAGAAUACCCAAGCCCGCCCCCUUCCCCUCUUCGCAGAGGUCCUCAGUAUCGGGCCAGCCCUCCAGCUGAAAGCAUGAGUGUCUAUAGAUCCCAGUCCGGUUCACCUGUGCGCUAUCAGCAAGAAACAAGUGUUAGCCAGCUUCCUGGCAGACCAAAAUCUCCAUUAUCUAAAAUGGCCCAGCGUCCCUACCAGAUGCCUCAGCUUCCUGUGGCAGUUCCCCACCAAGGUCUUAGGCUACAGCCUGCUAAGGCCCAGAUUGUGAGAAGCAACCAGCCCAGCUCAGCAGUUCACUCAAGCACUGUCAUCCCCACAGGAGCAUAUGGCCAAGUUGCCCAUUCAAUGGCCAGUAAAUACCAGUCUUCACAAGGAGACAUGGGAGUAAGUCAGAGUCGGUUGGUUUAUCAAGGAUCAAUUGGCGGAAUUGUAGGGGAUGGGAGGCCUGUGCAGCAUGUCCAAGCCAGCCUAAGUGCAGGUGCCAUCUGUCAGCAUGGAGGGUUGACCAAAGAAGAUCUUCCACAGCGACCUUCCUCAGCUUAUCGAGGUGGCAUGAGAUACAGCCAGACACCACAAAUUGGGCGUAGCCAGUCAGCAUCCUAUUACCCAGUAUGUCACUCAAAACUAGAUUUGGAGCGUUCCUCCAGCCAGCUAGGUUCCCCUGAUGUGUCACAUUUAAUCAGAAGACCUAUCAGUGUCAACCCUAGUGAAAUCAAGCCCCACCCACCAACCCCCAGGCCACUGCUACACUCUCAGAGUGUGGGCCUUCGCUUCUCCCCAUCUAGCAAUAGCAUCUCAUCCACUUCCAACCUAACUCCCACCUUCCGGCCUUCUUCCUCGAUUCAGCAAAUGGAGAUUCCGCUGAAACCGGCAUAUGAUAGGUCAUGUGAUGAGCUGUCACCAGUAUCUCCCACUCAGGGAGGUUACCCCAGUGAGCCUACCCGAUCCAGGACCACACCAUUCAUGGGGAUCAUAGAUAAAACAGCCCGGACUCAGCAGUACCCCCACCUUCACCAGCAGAAUCGGACCUGGGCCGUGUCAUCAGUGGAUACCGUACUCAGUCCCACAUCUCCAGGCAACCUGCCUCAGCCUGAGUCCUUCAGUCCACCAUCAUCCAUCAGCAACAUUGCCUUUUAUAACAAAACCAACAAUGCACAGAAUGGCCAUUUGCUGGAAGACGAUUAUUAUAGCCCCCAUGGGAUGCUGGCUAAUGGGUCCCGUGGAGACCUCUUAGAAAGAGUCAGCCAAGCCUCCUCCUAUCCCGAUGUGAAGGUGGCUCGGACCCUACCCGUGGCUCAGGCAUACCAGGACAACCUGUACAGGCAGUUGUCCCGGGACUCUCGACAAGGGCAGACAUCCCCUAUCAAACCAAAGAGACCGUUUGUGGAAUCUAAUGUUUAAAAGACAUUUGUUGGAGUGAGACCCAUAUGUUUUCACUGCACAUUUUCAGGCUUGGUUUCCACAUUGAGGUAGUUCUCUGGCUUAAUUUCUCAUGUAAUUUAUGUGUGGUGUUCAGAGGUGGCAGCCCACAUGCUGAAAUCCUUUGCAUGCAGCCAACUGGGAAGCUGGCCUCCAGAAAGCCCAGACUUCAGUUUCUCUGGUCUGUGCCCCAGCCACAUGUUCUCUCCCUCUUCAGAUGCCAACAAGGAGAUUUCUGUGCUGUGUGCUUUAACCCAGGGAGAUCAGACAACACUGGUCAGCUUUUUCCAGGAGACAAUCGCUUUCACUGAUGUUCUUGUUGUAUACAUGUCUUUUUUCCUUUUUUAAAAAGUAAGCUGUUCUUGUUCGUUUUCUUCUAGGAACUUUAGAAAAGAGCGUGAUCCCCCUUUGCCUUUGCAUUCUUUUCCAGUGUUAUCCAAAUAGCCAGCCCCAGUGCAUUCCUGUGCCAUGGUCUCCUCACCAGACUCCAGCUCCCUGCAGUCACCAGGUCUAGAAUGUUCAUUUGCAUUAUUGCUGGUCUUCCUAUGGGGUAGAAGGGUCAAGGAAACAGAAAAUAUAUGUCUUUUAAGUUAGAAGAAGAACCAUAUAAUUAUUUGAAGCAUCACUACAGUGAUUUUCCAAGAGGCAUUUUAGGAACAUUUAGAAAACAGCCAGCUCUUUAAAUGUGUCAGUCAGCCAAGGAAAUUCAAUGAGUACCAUGGGCAUUUUUGUGAAGAAUUCACUGAGAAUUGUUCUUAAUUUUUUAACCAGCAAUUAACCACUAAAAGCUGCUGAUUUUCCAAGAGUAGGGAAGGGAAUAAAUACAAAGAAAGAGAAAACAGAAAGAUUACUCUGGAUUCUCAGCAAAAUGCUAUAGAAUAUGUUCUACUUUUUAGAUACUGAAACAUCACUGAGCAUCAGAUUCCACAAAAACAAGCUAUUCCUGAGGGAUGUCUGGUGUAAUCAUCCCAUUUGUUGCAUUUUCACUGAGAGCCAUAUUCUGUUUUACUGACCUUCUGUUUUCCAAUCCAUAUGGUGUUGAGAAGAACUUGGUUCUUCAAAAAGCUGAUUGGAUCUUCUUGGGACUAUAAGAGUGAUUCCCAGGGCUUCCACUCAAGGCCAUUGCAUUCCAUGUCAGUUGUCUAAUUGCAUUUCAAGAUUUAUACUUUCAUCAUUCACUACUAGACAAAUUAUUUUCUUUUCCUAGGGGUGUUUAGAGAGGUGAUAUUGGAAUAUCAGACACAGCAAAGAGUGUUUUGGGGUGAAGACCCUUUCAGCCCUGUUUUCUAGCCCUUGAUGGGGGCAUGAGACAACAAGCUUCCUCUCCAGUCAUUCUCUACACAUCUUCUAGGUCUUGUGCUUGUUUGGUAACCUAACUUGUAAUUGAAUGAGGCCACUAUGACAUGGACAGUAAGAACAUUGAAACCAAAGCCUUAGCAUGGUCCUGUCACUAACUGCACAUCAGCCCUUGAAACUGAGUGGGUCAACCCAACAAACUAAACACCUGAAACUAAACAAAAGAGCAUUAGUUCUCUAUUGUUAGAAAUAAUUCUGCUCUUAUAAGUAAAGGGCUACAGGAAGAGCAGUUUCCUGAAUAAAAUCUUGUUGUGACCAGUCUGGUUUGUAGAAGUAUUCUCUGAAAGUAUCAUUAAGACAGGAAUAGAAAACAAUUCAAAAACAUUUCCUUACUGCCAAGUAAAUGGGCCUCCUCAGCCCCAAGCCUAAAACAGCCUAAUCCCCAUACUCAUCUCUGUGUGCUUGGAACAGACAACUGGCCCAACUGCAGACAUGUAAGGACUGCCUUUGCUCAACUCGACCAGGGUAGGCCUCUAUCUACCUACUUUGGUAUAUCUCACUCACAUCAGGAAGAAGUGUGGGCUGGAGGUGUAGCUCAAUAGUAGAGUGCUUGCCUAAUGUGUAAGGCUGCAGGGCUCCCAGCUACAGGCUGAUAAUACAGCUUCACACUUCAUUUUCUUUUUUUCUUUUUCUUUUUUUCUGAUGCUGGGGAUUGAACCUGCAGCUUCUCAGCUGUCUUUGUGGCCAGGUCUCAGACCUGUUUGUCUUCUUGCAAUUUUGUCCCAUUUAAAUCACCUCUCAGGGCCACGGAUUUAGCUCAGUGGUGCCGCCACCUGCCUCGCAAGCACAAGGUCCCAAGCUUGAUCCCUGGUACCAAUAAAUAAAUAAAUAAAUAGCCUCUCAGUGGGGAACUGCUACAUUUUGAAGAAUUUCUCAGUCUAUUAAAAAAAGUGUCCCUGACUAUUUGGAAUGCCACACAUACCAUCCACACUCACCUGUCAUGGUAGGUGGGCAGUUCAUGUGGUUUUACAAAUAUGCUACAUCUCGCCAAUGUUUUUCAGUUUUCCAGGACAAACGAGAUUUAGGGACUAUAUACCUUAUUAGGCAAAAUAUCAAGUCAAAAUGCAGUUCUUUUUUAGCCAUAAGAAGGAGUGACUAUCACUACUGGGGCCCAUUGUUUUACAGAGAUACAACGGGAAUUUUGGGGGAUAGGAGAUGAAGUUCUUCCUUGGAAGCUGACUGUGCCCUUUUUUGCUACUUCACUGCCAUGGAAUGAUCUUAGUACUGUAUUUUAGAGAUGCUCCUUCCUCAACAGGCAUUUGCUGAAUCAAUGUCUGGCUUCAGGUGGGAGGAAAUUUUUCAGAUGAAGCUGGUUAAGUUCCACUUACCCAAUUCACAUCACUCUGAAAUGGAGAUAGAGGUGACAAACUUCAGCUUAUAGGUUUCUUACCAAAUCAUAUGUUCCCUUUGCCCAGUAUUCUUGCACUAAUGGGUUUCCAUCACAUCAUGUCUAUAAAUGGGUGCACUUUACUGUUUGAAUUUGUAACUCUGAUAAAUACUGGAUAUUUAAGUGUGAGUAGUGUCUUCGUUAGGAAGUAGCAGAAUUGCUCGUGUCUUUUUGUGUAUUUUUCAAGAAAAAACAAGGAAAAGAAAGAAAUCAAGCAGUGAAUCACAACAUUUAUAGCACAAAAAUAGCUAUUGUAUAUAAGCCUCAAAAAGAUUUAGAAUUUUUAAACAAAAAACUUUGCAGUGAUUUUAAAGUGCUUUUCCAGCAAUUUUCUUAGGGACUCCUGAGACAUGGUUACUUUAUUUACUGGAUCAGUAAGGCACACAAUCAACAAUUAAAAAUAAAUGUUUAUUUACAAAGUAAAGGAAAAACCUGUGUAACAUGAGAAUUUGGCAAGGACAAAAUGGAGACCAUUUUGUAUCUGCUGUUGUAGUUGUCCGGGUUGCAGAUGUGCACUAUUAAAAGUCCCAAGAUAAUAGAGCACAAACCCUACUUGUUCCUCUCCCAUGUACCCUCUUUUUAGAUGUGUUUAAACGUGAUGGCUCAGGAAAAUUCCAAUAAUUAGAAUCAUGUACAGUACCCAGGUUGUUGUCCAGAUAUACAAGUUUGCUAAUUUUAGUUAAGCCUGGAUUAUUAAAUACUUUUCCUAAAUUAUUAUAAGCAGAACAACCUAGAGAAAGGUGUUCUUGGUCCUUAUAUUGUAUAGUAGUUUAUGAAUCCCUCUAAAUAUUGGUAUUUUUGUAUUCCAGAGAUGUUCCCAAUAGAAAAUUUAAACUUUAAUCAGUAUCUAAUUUAAUAUCCAUAAGUAUUUUUCCUUAGAUUUUAGUCAUAAACAGUGGGAUAUGUGGACGUCACUUGUGCUUCACCGUGCUUUACCACUAGGUGUCACUGUGGCUCUGCACCGCGCUUGUCUGGUAGCAAAGAAAGACAGCCUUCCCUCCAAGGAGCUGCUUCCAGGGCAGCAAAUAGGCCAUAGAGUGAGGUUCAGGACAAAGGGAAAAGCCUAGAAGGGUCGUAAUGCAUCUAUGCCAGUUAUAAUAAGACAGACUCUGAACACUACCUGCUUUGGAACUUCAGCCAGGUAUAGGCUGGGAGAAGGUUGAAUAGCACUCCCUUGCUCUGAUAGAUGGCUGGGUGUGGAGAGGACCCUUUUUUCCCCGUGAUCAUCCCUCCUUUCAGCCUCCAACUUUUAUAACUCCAGAAAUAUCACAGCUGGGUGGUUUGAAUCAAAGAAAGUUAUUUUUCUACUACAGAAAUGCCUUGGACAAAACCAGUUGCUCAUUGAAUCUUUGCCCCAAAAUGGAAAAGGCGCCCCCCACCCCACCCCAAGGAGGCAGGAUGUACCUGCCUGUGCCCGGUUUCUUGUCUCCCAGUGCUCAGCAGCCUCACUCACCCUGCCUGUCUGUCCUUGGGCUGCCCACUUCUCAAGAAGCCGACCUGCAAAGGCAGCCUGCUGCUGCCUCCACAGCAAGGGCCAUGCCUCACUGGGAGGUGUGGUUUCUCCACUUCCUCUAGGAAUUCCAGAUUGACCAUUUACCAUGACUAACAACAAUGAACAAAGGGCUUAGGGGUAAGAGCUACCUACAAAGACGUGUCAUGGAAACCUUCACCAUGCAAUGCCUUGAACUCAGCUCUGGCUGCUCCCAAGAAAAGGUGGCUGGCUGGGGGCCUGGACUUAAGCACAAUGGGGCUGGUGGAGCCACUGUGCAGAGCUACUUGAAUAAUCACUGGGUCUUCAUCAACUCCUUUUGUAAUACAGACCACUCAAGGGCUGAAGUGUUGGUAACCUUCAUUUCGGUGUCCAAUGCCUCACAGCAGCUGAGCCACCAUGAGAUGCUCAUGGCCACAUGAUGGCCACAGUCAGAGCUUUGAAAGUCAGUACCAAAUGAAUGCAUAAUUGGACACCAAAAAUCAAGUGUUACUUUCAUGUUUCCUCACCCUAUCAUCUCAUUUCUUCCUGCUGACUCUGUGAUAUCUACACUAAACUGACAGUCAGGUUGUAGCUGGAUGCGUACAGAUGCAGGCCAGCAUUGCUCUUAUUUUUUCAGAUAGACCUAUUCUGUGGAAAGGAAGUGGCUUAGCUGCUUUGAUUUUGUAACUCUUGGUGGCUGAAUUUUCUUUUGCUAAUCACUAACCAGAAAAUCUGGCUAAGAGGACUCAACUCACUCCCAUCAGUCCCCAGGACUAGACAGAGUUAUUCUGGAAAAUUCAGUACUUGAAUGUACCUGCCUUAUUGUGUAUCACUUUUCGGGGGAGUGGGGUAAGAGAUGCUGGCCCAGAUCUCCACUUCAUUUAUGGGUUGUUUUGGAAAUCCUGUAAGUUAACAGUUCCUGUUCUAUUUUGUUCUUGCUCUUGUUGUUGUUGUUGUUGUUGUUGUUGUUGUUGUUGUUUACCUUUGGCUGAUUCCUGCUGAGUGGGGCCAGUUCCUUGUCAGGCUCAGGGCAGGUACCAUUCUCAGGCAUGGCCUCCUUUCCAUCUAGCACAGCAUCUGUAUCUCUGUUCUGUCUCCUCCAAAUCCAAGAUGAUUUUAAUUAGUGCAGACAUGUACAGUCUACAAUUAAAGAGUGAUUUGUACUAAUAUAAUUUUGAUUCUUCCUCUUUGCUGUCCUUUCAAGACACUUGCUGGAAAAAGCUUUAAUGCACUUAGUUUUCCUUUAGGUUUUCUAUAACUCAGAUGUAAAGGACUUUCUCUGUACAGUAUAUUAUCCAAUGCAUGUUUGUUCUCUAUCCUGAUAUACUGAACACCACACAGUUGUGAACUCGUGCAGUGGGGAUACCCCACACUCAGCGGAGGCCUCUAGCCCCGUGUAUAAGGAAGACAUUUUCCUUUGCUGUACUUGCUUGAGCAGUUUUAUUGUCUGUACAUGUGAGCUGUGUGAGAUAGAUGUGAAAAGUUCAAAUGAAUGCAUUUUCCUGCCCCAUGUAUACAGAGCGUCAUCUGUACAACAAACUGUAUGUACGAAAGCAAAUGUACUUAUUUAUAAAUGGUUAACACUUGCAAAGA